CGCGCCUCCUGCGAAGUUACCCGGGCUGAGGGAAGGCGUUUCGGUGUCCAGCCCCGGGUCGGUGGGGGACGUCGUUACCGUCUGUGGCUUGCAAACUGAGGCACUCGGGCGGACGCGGGUCAACGUCCGAGCGCUCCUGUACCAGGACUAGUGUACGCAGAGAUUCUCCGACUGCGGAUUCGAGGCCGCGUUUCUGAACGACCGCAGCUUGAUGUUCCGGUGGUUGCGCGGCGGCUCGGCUUCGGAGGAAGGUAUCAAGAAACUGAUAAUGUUUCCUUGACUUCGCUUAUGUAUUUGUUUCACCAAUGUCACUCAUACUGAAUAUCUUAAAAGAGAUGCUGGAAUAUUUCGGUGUUCCCAUAGACCAGGUUUUGCAGAUUAGACUAAAUAAAGACUAUGGAUCUGCUCGGAGUAUUGUUCGUCUUAUUGGGAAAAUUCUUCCUCUAGAACCUUGUCCCAGGCCUAAUUUUGAGUUGAUCCCAGUAUUGAACUCUGUAGAACCUGGUAACUAUGGACCAGUAGUUCCAUCUUUUGCUGAUGCUUUGUGUGUGGCAAAUGAUGAAGAAGCUAGUUUUCUCAGAUUUCGAAAUAGCAUAUGGAAAAAUGAAGGCAAGGAGGAAAUUGAAUAUUUCAGUCCUUUGCAACCAGUUUCAAAUCCAUUGCCUCCUGCCCUCAGACAGAAUAAACGAACAAAAAGCGACGGGCCUGUACAUGAAGCUGCAAUUAAAAAAAUAGCUGCUCUCGAAGAUGAGCUGACUUUUCUUCGCACGCAGAUCGCUGCGAUUGUGCAAAUGCAGGAACUGAAAACCCGGGCACACGCUGGCUUCUUUGACUUGAAUGACGAACCUAGCAGUUUGGGACAAAUGCCAUCACCAGGAACUGCUGGACUGAGUGUCAGACCAGAUCCAUUUUCAAGUUCAGUGUCUUUCCCUCCUCCUGCUCCUCCUCCUCCCGUGCCCCCUCAGCUUUCUUCUCCACAGCGUUCAUGUUCAUGCACACAGCCAGGAGCUAAUAAUACAUGUAACUCAGAUAACUCAGCAAGUGAAAUGAAAAGACAGCACUUCGGUGAUAGUAAGACUAAUGACUGUCAUCAUUUGAAAAACCAGGAAAAUAAAGAUGUUCCGAACAUGUUGGACGUUCUGAAGGAUAUGAAUAAGGUUAAGCUCCGAGCUGUUGAGCGGUCACCUGGAGGUAGACCCAUUCAUAAGAGGAAAAGACAAGAUUCGCCCUGGGAUCCAGUGUCUUUAAUAUCCCAUGCACUGAAGCAGAAAUUUGCAUUCCGAGGAGAUGAUUCCUUUGAGAAAGAAAAUAGGUCUUGGGAAUCUUCUCCAUUUUCUAGUCCAGAAACUUCAAGAGUGAGCUAUAAUAAUGUAAAGUUAAAUUUUUAAUUUUUCAAAAGCAUAUUGUCCAUUGUGUAUAUUUGCCCUCAAGUUCUCUUGAAGUUCUUGCGCAGAAUGGGCCAUACAAUUAUUUGCUGGUACCGCCAAUGUUUCUGUUAUUUCUGUUAACUUUUACAUGUUCCUUAUUGCUUUUACCUUACU